GAUAUGGUCCCUACAACUUACUUCAAAAACGCGUUUUCAAACAAAACAUUAUUUAACAUUGUUGUUACAGUCAAACAAAACCCAAUACUUUCUAUACCUUUUUAGAACAAACAAGAACAAAAACAACAACAACUUCAAACCUCACCAACAAGGUCCAACCCAACCUAUUCAUUCAAUUCAAACCCACUUCACUUUUCUCAAUAACAAAUGCUAUAUUGUUCCUUAAUCAAUCUAGUUCUUGUUCAUUGACUAUGGAAAACCAAACUCCAACAAGAAACUCUGAUUCUCUCUCUGCAACUCUUGGUAACUCAAUCCAAGCUUUAGGUCGUGGUUUUGAUGUUACAUCGGAUAUUAGGCUUCUUUAUUGUAAAGGGGCACCUGGGUCUAGGCUUGUUCAUCUUGAUGAGGAACAUAGUAGGGAUCUUGUUCUGUCUAGAGAGGUUGUUGUUCCUAAUGUUUCUGCGGACAUUGAUUUCUCUCUGGGGAAGAGUGGUGUUGAGAAGACCCCUGUGUGUAGUUUCCAAGAGAUGGCGAAAUAUUUCAAUGAGAGAUCUGGCAUAAAGGAAAAAAUUCCACUCGGAAGCUUUAAUUCUAUGUUUAAUUUUAUUGGCUCCUCGACGGUUGAUGCAGCAGCCACCAAAUCACUUGCCAUGGUUGGAUAUUUCAUUCCACUCUUCGAAGUUAAAUUAACUAAACUAAAUUUGGUCUUGAAUGAGGAAGUCAGGCGCGCUGUUCCUCACUCUUGGGAUCCAGCAUCCUUGGCUAGUUUUAUCGAGAAUUACGGUACACAUAUUGUUACAUCUGCAACAGUUGGUGGAAGAGACGUGGUGUAUAUCAGGCAGCACCAAUCAUCUUCUUUGUCUGCACCGGAUAUUGAAAAUUACGUAAAGGACAUUGAAAAUGAUAGGUUUCAUGAUGCGAAAAACUCGUCAGGACCCGCUGCUUUGAAGUACAAGGAGAAGGAUGUUACAGUAAUUUUUAGGCGAAGAGGAGGGGAUGAUCUUGAGCAAAGUCAUACUAAAUGGGUGGAAACUGUAAAAUUGGCACCGGACAUCAUUAACAUGAAGUUUACACCCAUUGUUUCGCUUCUUGAAGGAGUACCCGGUGUAAAGCUUUUAACCCGUGCUAUUGAUUUAUAUCUCGAAUACAAACCUCCUAUCGAAGACUUGCAGUAUUUCUUGGAUUUCCAAAUAACUCGAGUUUGGGCACCGGAGCAAAAUAAUCUACAAAGAAAAGAGCCUGUAUGUCAAUCUCUUCAAUUCAGCUUAAUGGGACCUAAGCUUUUUAUCAGUCCAGAUCAGGUAACAGUUGGACGCAAACCCGUGACCGGACUAAGGCUGAACCUAGAAGGCAACAAACUAAACCGACUCGCAAUUCAUUUGCAGCAUUUAGUCUCACUCCCGAAAAACCUUCAACCUCACUGGGAUGCACACAUGGCAAUCGGUGCUCCAAAAUGGCAAGGUCCCGAGGAGCAAGACAGCCGUUGGUUUGAGCCGAUUAAAUGGAAAAACUUCUCGCACGUAAGCACUGCACCAAUUGAGAUAACUGAAACCAAUAUUGGAGACCUCUCCGGCGUUCAUAUUGUCACCGGGGCCCAACUUGGUGUUUGGGAUUUCGGUGCCAAAAAUGUAUUACACCUCAAACUACUUUUCUCAAAAGUACCGGGGUGCACUAUAAGGCGAUCCGUGUGGGAUCAUAACCCUUCCACUCCGGCAGUUACACACAAAUCAGACGGCGCUUCGUCGUCAUCCACAAAGAAAACUUCUGACGAGAAAAAGGAAGAUAGUUCGGUCCAUAGUGGAAAACUCGCAAAAAUUGUGGACAUGACGGAAAUGUCGAAAGGGCCGCAAGAUAUUCCUGGUCAUUGGUUAGUUACAGGUGCUAAGCUUGGAGUAGAAAAAGGAAAAAUUGUACUGAGGAUAAAGUACUCCUUGUUAAACUAUUAAUUCACAUUUUCUCCUCUUUCUUUUGAUUAUUUAUUUUUUUCCCCUUCACACUAGAAACAAUAGCCAAGCAUUUUUUGCACAGAGAAUCAAUCUUUUGAGUUCUUUUGUGAUAUGUAGAUUUUCCUUUUUAGUUGAUGAUGAUGAUGCAGUGGUUUUAUUAUAUUUUUAUAACUGUAUUAAAUUUUGUUUAUUCAAUGGAAUAGUGACAUUUAGAGGUGA